UGAACCCUUCCCUACACGGGUCCGUCAUACAGGAGCCUGCCCCGUGCUUUACCGCUGCUGCAGGGUCUUGCCCAUUUCCACCAUGGCUGCUCGGCUUCACGUGACGUCAUCAGGCCGCGCCUGACACCAGGAAUUAUUGGCUUCUUAGAAGCAGUGGUGGUCAGUGAUGUGAAUUGUGUGCGGUGUUAUGGCCCAGCAUGGAGAGGGGCUAAGUGUCGAAGAGGAAGAAGAGGCAUGUCUGGAGGGCGGGGUCUCCGCCGCCGAGGAGGAGGAGCGCGGAGCCCCAUGUGCGGAGCCAGCGCUGUGCCACAGAGUCCAGGCUCUGGAGGAGGAGCUGAGGAGUUGUCAGGAGGAACUGUGCCAGAUCCAGAAACAGCUGAGCUUCAGCCAGAAACUGCACCAGACUGCAGAGAGCACCAACCAGGAGCUAAGGAGACAGGUGGAAGAUUUAUGUAAAGAAAUCCAUGAGCGUAAUAAAUCUAUAAAGACUGACAAGGAAGUGCAAACAGACGAUUACUCGGCCUGGUCAGAUUAUUACAGCUACUACUAUUCCUGCUAUGAAAAUCAAGACACAAGCACAGCCCCCAAUGUGGAUGCACACCAGGAAAGUGGGCCAAUUGAGGUGACCCAAGAAGCAGCAACGGAUGAGCAAGAACCCCCCAGAUCAGACAGUCAAUGUGCUGGAGAACAAGAAACAGACUAUGCCCAACAUGUUGCGGGUGAGGAAGGAACAUCACUUGCUGAAAGUCUAAGAGCCACUGCGGAAGCUGCUUUGUCCCAAACCGGAUUUGCCUAUGAUGAGAACACUGGCAUGUACUACGAUCACAGUACUGGAUUCUACUAUGACUCGGAAUCCCAACUAUAUUAUGAUCCUUCCACUGGAAUAUAUUACUACUGUGAUGUGGAGAGUGGGCGAUACCAGUUUCAUUCAAGAGUGGAUCUACAAUCCUAUGUGGACAUGCAAACACAGCCAAGCAAAGAAAAGAAAGUGAAGAAGAAAAAACGAGAGCCAGUGAGUGCUCAGGAAGAGGACAAGGCUUCAAAGGAGAUGAGAGAGUCCUGUAGUACAGAAAAUGACAGAGUCUGUCCAUAUGAAAGGGAAGAGCCUGCUAGUGGAAACAAGAAGCUCAAGCUGAGCAGUCAGGUGGCAGAGUCCAGUACCAGGGACAGCUCUUCUUCUGUAGAUGACAGUGAACCAGAAGAGGGCGAGCUCAGCGACUCUGAGAAGACCUCCAGUGAUGAAGAAAUGUCCAGUGCAGAGAGUGCCUCUACUCACAACUCUGACACUGAAGACACAGAGCAGAUCUGGCCUCCGUGUAUUCGGGUAAUAGUGGUGCGCUCACCGGUGCUUCAGAAAGGAUCACUGUUCAUAAUUACAGCUGUAAAAAGUGCCACCAUUGGGAGAGAGAAGGACAUGGGGCAUACAAUUCGCAUCCCAGAAGUUGGUGUCAGUAAAUUUCAUGCAGAAGUGUUCUUUGACCACAAUUUACAGAAUUACGUACUUGUUGAUCAAGGCAGUCAAAAUGGCACAGUCAUCAAUGGUAACCAGAUCCUGCAACCUAAAACUGUGUGUGAGCCUUAUGUGCUACAUCAUGGUGACGAGGUUAAAUUUGGGGAGACUGUCCUGUCCUUCCAUGUGCACCCUGGUAGUGAUACCUGUGAUGGAUGUGAGCCUGGGCAAGUCAGGGCACAUCUCCGUCUAAAUCAGAAGGAGGAGGGCUCAGUUGGCCCUGUCUUGAGUAAAAAAGAAAAGGAAAUACUGAGGCGACGUGGACUUAAAAAAAUCAGAGAAAAGUACGGCUUACAGGGUGUAGACCAAGAAGACAACAAAGUGCUGAAGAACCCCAAGUACAAAGACAGAGCGAGCAGGCGGCGAGAGGUGGUGGGAAGUGAAGGCACCUUCCAGAGAGCGGAAGCUCCAGCAUCUGUACACGUCGAAAUCGGCGACAGCAACAAAGGAAGGAAAAUGCUUGAGAAGAUGGGAUGGAAAAAGGGUGAAGGGCUGGGCAAGACUGGCGAUGGCAUGAGAGAUCCUAUUCAGCUCCAGCUGCAUAAGAAGAAGGCUGGUCUGGGGACAAAUAACCCAACCUCCAUUGAAGAUGUACAGAACCCGUCACACAACAAGAAGAACUGGGAAAAAGCACGAGAGAGAUAUGCAGAGAAUUUCCAGAAUGAUAAAAAACCUGAAGUAAAGAAAGCUCCCUCCUUUGUCAAGAGUGCACAAUAGCCCCGGUGGAUUCAUUUGAUUUUUAUUUGAAUGUUUAUAUAACUGCAGCAUAUAGCUUUUCAGUGAGUAUCCAGAGCUCGGUCAGCAUUUGUCAGGAAGACGUAAAUUUGAACAAUUUAACAUUUAAAAAUGUUUUCGCGUUUUGUUAUAAGCGCAAAAUAAAAACAUCCUGUCAGAAAUCCAGUGAGCAGAUAACUUCCUAUGAUCUCUGCCGCUGCUGCAUAGUUAUCAUCAUUUUUGGUGAUGCUCUUGGUGAGCUACAGAUCACCUCUCCAAUAAUUUUAUGGUGAAGAGGAGGGGAUGUUUAUGAAUUGAGACCCUUUUUGUCCUAGGGUGACAACGCUGGUUCUCCAUGCAGAGUACGUUGAGUGAAUGUUGUCACUCUAGGACAGGAAGUGUUACUGGCAGGAGCCCUACAAUUAAAGGGAAAGCGAACACAGCCACCACAUCUAAGGACUGGUAAGCUGCAAUAUUUGGUUUAGAUAUACUAUACCAUAAACGUCUGCUUACUGUUGCUUGUUAGUUCUUGUAGUACAGCGGCUGAAGAGGUG